UAAGUCCUACUAUAAAAGCCGGUUGUCUUACCCAUCAACUCAUCAUCAGUCAACAGUCAGAUUCUCACAGCAGCAGCUAACUAACCAACUGAAUAAUCUAAAUAAAAUGGAUACCCUGACGACAGUCAACGUUGCUGCCGUCCAAAGCACCUGGGCCAUCGUCAAGAAAGACUUGAGUACUCAUGCUCCUGCCUUCUAUGUGGCAUUGCUGACUGCCCAUCCGGAAUAUCAGCCCAUGUUCCCAACCAUUGCCAACGUUCCCGCUGGAGAACUGUUGAACAAUGCUGCAUUGAAAACCUUGUCGGUGAAUGUACUGUCUAAAUUGUCGGAAUUGAUCGACUGCAUGGGAAAUCCGGAUACUUUGAACGCUCAACUUGUUGAUUUGGCUAAUGAGCACAAGAGCCGUGGAACAACCCGUGCCCAUUUUGAUAACUUGUCCAAGGUGUUGAUCGACUUCUUGGCUGCCAACCUGGGAGGAGAAUUCACUCCAGAAGCCCACCAAGCCUGGACGGCUACCAUGCAAGGUAUUAACACCGUUGUCGAAGCAUCUUCCUAAGUCAGAAGAAGAAAAGAAAGAUAACAAA